AUGGGGACCUUUGAUAGCUCAUGUCACGAGUGUUUCGAGCAUAAAGAGCGGUGGUAUGAGAUUGGACCCACGGAUUUGCUGGAGCGCAAAGGCUCCCUAACUCUCCGCUCUCAUGACAAGAAAUACUCGGAGCCAGUGUUGGUGUAUUCCUGGCACCGUAACAGAGAAGCCUUCCCCAAAGAUUAUGAUAUAGAGAGUCCUGAUACGGUGACAAAUCUGUGUAUAUCAACGUACAAGCGAUUUGGAACUGAGAGUCCAAGGUGGAUGUCGGAAGCACGUGAACAGAUGUCCCAAGUUUAUGUAAAUAAGGACUUUGUGGAGAAGAAGAAAAAUGCCUUGGUAAAUGACGAAACACUAUGCUCUGGGAUUUUGGAAAGGGACCCUGAAUUGCCUCCCACAGGCUUUCGGGAAGCUCCUAUGUUAUCCCCAGCAGACCCCAGAAAACCGUGUUUUUCAACAACGUACUCUGAAGAUUAUGUGCCACAGUAUGAAUAUCCGCCGCCUGCCUGCCCACGCCAAGACAAGUACUCCAUAGUCCACAGGAAGUGCCGUUCUCAGUUCACAGACCUCGAUGGCUCCAAAAGAUUUGGCGUCAACACGUGGCAUGAUGAGAGUGGGGUUUAUGCUAAUUCAGAGGCAAAACAGAAACUCUACGCAUUGGCUAGCAAUCCUAUCGUCCCACUCUAA